AUGGUGGACAUUACUGUAACGUCUCGGUCCUUUAUGGUGCUGCGCUAUCUGCUGACUAAUAUGGACCCAGCGACCGCCAACUAUGCACAGAUUACGGAGCGUAUUCGUGGACGAAUCAAGCAAGAAGCAAAAAAUAGAAUUGAGGAAGUUACGCUGAAAUUGAAAAGGGUUCGGAAGGAAGGGGAGGAGGGGGCGAAACUGGGCCAUGUUCUGUCCAAGCUACAAUGGGUAGCUGGAGGUUGCCGCUUGUUGAUGGGUCAAAGUAGAUUUGUGGAUCUUGGCGAAUUCCCAAGGUUCUUGGCUCUCAACAGGGACAGGAUCAGUGAUCAUUAUGACAACAACUUCUCGGAUUUGGACAGCUUUGUUGAUGACGAGAGAGCUCGAGAAGGAUGGGAAGAGGAAGCGCGGGAGGAGAGAGAAAAGAAAGAUGGAGAGUAUAUGAGCAAUGUCUUACCAUUAUGUGAGGAACAGGGUGUCGUCCGGGCAGUGGCAAGAUGUGAGCGUGAGGAUUUGCCAACGGUACCAGGAUUUGGAAGGUUCAGUGAUCCAGAUACAGGUGAGGUGACAACAACCGCAUUGGUAGGAUACCCAACAUUAGUGAGCUAG